UUUCCUGCCUUUCUUCCCUGACCUUCUGUUUCCUGAUCCUUCCCUUGAGCAACACCGAUUCCUGUGGAUCAAGCAAGCAAUGGAAGCUGCUGCCGCGCUGGUCUUCGCCGGGAAGUCGGUAGCAACACCGGCUAUCGGGUUCAUCGUAACCAAGGCAGUCAAGUACCUCACCGAGCUGCACGCGGCUGAGGGCAUGGAGGAAAGCAAGAACAAUAUCUUGGCGAGGAUUGGGAACAUCCAAGCGGUGUAUGAUGCUGUUGACCGUCAGCAGAUCACGAAGCAGAGGGAGAAAUUGGAUCCAUGGCUCUGGCGGCUGCGUGAUGCCGUUGAAGAGGCAGAGGAUGCACUCGAUGAGAUAGAGUACUACAACAUUAAGGGGGGGAAAAGUAAGUUGCUUGGUUUCGUAUCCAAUUAUGUCUUGGAAAAGUUUAUUGCUAAGUUUACUAAACAUGGAACGUUGGAGAGGUUGAGAAAGGCUGUCUACAACUUGGAUGAAGUUUCUGCAGAUGUAGGGACCAGUCUUCAGCUUGUAGGGCUCUCCAGUUGUCCUCCCUUGCAGGAUCAUGCUGAAAGCAAUGGUCACCAGACUAGCUCUGUGUUGGCAUCUACCGAGAUCUUUGGCCGUGACAAUGAGAAGAAUCAGAUCAUGGAGUGGUUGACGAAGGAUUUGGAUGAAUAUCCCAACAGUGUUAACACUACUGGUGGCACUAGAAAUUAUUCUAAGUGUGUUGUCAAUUAUGAGAAUUAUACCUUAGCUUCAUCCUUUAAGCUUCUGUGUGAAUACUUCAGGCUUCUAUUGGAAUACUUCAUGGGUCACACAGGCACCCAUUUUUCUCCAGAUCAUGCUCCCAAGAACAAGCUUUCUAUUAUUGCAAUAAUUGGAGUGGGAGGCAUAGGUAAAACCACCCUUGCUCAGAUUGUGCGCAAAGAGCUAAUGGACUCAAAGUACUUUGAUUGUGUUGUGUGGGUGCAUGUGUCCAGUAAUACUUUUGAUGCAACAAGGAUAACUAAGAAGAUCUUGGAGGCAAUUAUAAAGGAGAAGCCUAACGCUGAUACUUUGGAAGUGUUGCAGUAUAACCUUAAAGAGGAACUCAAAGCAAAGAAAUUUUUGAUCAUCUUGGAUGAUGUUUGGGAGGACAACAAAACUGAUGAGUGGGAAAAAUUGUUGGCUCCUUUGAGGACAAGUGUGAGAGGAAGCAGGAUCUUGUUGACAACUAGAAUGAGGUCAGUAGCAGAUAUGGUUACCCAUGUAACAAAAGGACCAAAGGAGAUCCUAAAUUUGGAUGGACUACAUGACGAUCACAAUUUUACGCUCUUCAGAAAGUAUGCAUUUGAUGAUGUGCAAGCUAGCAAUUAUGUACAUCUUUUGCCAAUGGCCAGAGAGUUGGCCAAAAAGUUUCGAGGGUGUCCGUUGUUGGCAAAGAUUGCUGGUGGGCAUCUAAAGAGCAAUCUAAGUGAUCGAUAUUGGAACGAUUUGGACACACAGUUGGACCAUCUGGAAGGAAGAAUGGAUGAUAUCAUCACAACAGUUCUUCGAUCAAGCUACCAUCUCCUACCUGCAAAUUUACAGCUCUGUUUUAGGUACUGCAGCAUAUUCCCACAAGAUUAUGAGUUCAAGAAAGAAGAAUUAGUGAGAAUGUGGAUGGCUUCAGGAUUGAUUGAAGAAGAUACAAGAGAUAAAAGGCCAGAAGACACUGGUGAAUUUUAUCUGAUGCAAUUGGCAAGAAAAUCAUUCUUUACAUUUGUGCCAAAAGAAGACCCUUGCAGCCAAGAUUGUAUGGGAUAUUAUACCAUACAUGAUUUGUUGCAUGACUUGGCACGCACUGUUUCCUUGGGUGAGUGUCUGAGGUUUGAACCAAGUGGCCACAAAUAUGACAUGCCUACAGUUCGGCAUCUGUGGAUUGCAAACUUCAGCAAGUUAACCAUUGAAGACAUCAAGGCACUUUCUAAUUCAAAGCAUCUGCGCACCCUUGUCAUUGAAGACUCACGUGAUGUCAGUAAAGAUUACAGAGCGCCACUAGAGAAAGCUGUGGAGAACUUGAAGUGCUUGCGGUUGUUGAGCCUGAAUGGCAUAACAAAAUUCCAUUUUGCAAGUAAAGCUUCCAAUAAACACUUGCGUUAUCUACAUUUUUCUGGUAUGCAGGAAGUGUAUGGAUUUUCCAAACUUUAUCACUUGCAAGUGCUCACUGUUUCAAACAGUAUAUGUGCUGAUCCCAAAGAACUGAAAGGGCUUGGAAGGAUUUCCAGCUUGCGAUAUGUGUCCUAUGGUGCCAAAGCAUUGGGUGAGUUCCCUGUUGGUGACCUGCAUUCCCUUCAGGAGCUGCAAAAUUUACAGAUUCAGUCAAAGAAAGGCUAUGGAAUAGGUUCCCUAAGUAAUUUGAGCAGUCUGCGCGAGCUAAAAGUUUCCUGUCUUGAGAAUGUUGGAACCCCGGAAGAAGUUGAGGAAGCCAAACUAAGUGAAAAACACCAUCUUAAGUCACUAUCAAUGAGCUGGUCUGAACCCAAUAUUGCCCGGAGAUCAGAAGAUAAGUCAAUUAUUGAUAAACUGGAGCCACCUGGCAAGCUCAAAAAAUUAGAAGUAACAGGAUAUGGUGGCGCUGAAUUGCCAACUUGGAUGAAGUGUGUCUCCCUUACAAAUUUGGUAUCACUUGAGCUGAGACGGUGCAUUUAUUGGCAGCACCUCCCAGAUCUUGGAAACCUACAAUUACUCAAGCACCUUGAGCUGGAAAAACUUUCUGAAUUGAGACGAAUUGGCCAAUCUUCUGACUCCUUGCCUCCAUAUAUUACAAGUCUAGUGGUGAAAGAUUGCGAAAACUUAAGUAUACUGCCAGUUUUACCUUCGAGUUUGGUGCAGUUGAAAAUAGAUGCUGUUGGAUUGAUCAGCCUUCCAACAAUAUCUGACCCCCAUGAUAGCAAUGUGGGGCUUGAAGCCACUUCUCCCAGGUUACUCUCAGUUAUCAUUAGGUGUUGUCCAAGAUUAGAAUCUCUAGAAGGGAGCUUUCUACUGCAGGAACGCUAUGCCAGAAGUUUUCGAAUCCUGAAUAUUGUUGACUGUGAAAAAUUAAAAAGUGCUCCUCUUUUAUUUGGUAAAAUGAAUGAUCUUACAGGAUUUCAUAUUGGUAAAUCAUACUGCAUAAAAAUGAUGGAAAAGGUUGAUGGUGGGCUACUCCCUAACACACUUAAGGAACUCUCCAUUAAUUGGUGUGGUGAACUCCAACGUCCACUGCUGGACUCACUGCUUGGUCUGUCUAAUCUUACGUCAUUGAAAAUAUAUCAUUGCAGCAUGGAGGCUCUUCCAUCAUCAGGGGUGUUCAAGAGUCUCACAGCGCUGCGAAUUAUGGCUGUAGAAAGAUGUGGGUCGUUGACAUGCUUGGGUGGGCUCGGUGCCCUUUCACACCUUACUUGGCUGCAGAUCACGGAUUGCGAAAAGCUUGCCAAAUCAGGUGAUGCUGGUGGAGGUAUGUUAUCAGAGUUCUCCCUACAGGUCUACUUGCUCUGGGUUGAUUUCCCCUCUGUGUUAGACAUGCAGCCACUGAGUAGAUUGCGUGACACCAAAAGUUUGAUUAUUUCCGCCUGCCCUUACAAUAACCGCAGUAUAUCUCGACAAUGGCUGGAGUUAAAUAGAAAGUCCCUUGAAUCCCUGGAGAUAGACAAACCUGGUUCCGUGCAAUCACUAGAAGACUUUUGCUCUCUCAAGAGAUUGGAUUUCCAUCGUGCCAAUGAGUACACCGCGUUACCUGCUUUGCCCACUUCACUGGAGUGUUUCAUUGUCAGAGUCUGUGAUGAAAAAUUGGAGGAGAGCUGGGGAAGGAAAGGGAGCUCUGAAUGGGAUAAGAUUUCCCACAUUCCUCAUGUGAGAAUAGGAAGAACAUACUACAAAUCCGGUCAGAGGAGCAAGUCAUUUUGAUAGAUGUGAUUCUCUAGUAGAAAAGGGAAAAGGUAUAUGUAACGUUUUUGUUAAUAAACAAUAG